CCUUUCGACCGGUUUUGUGAUGCUUUACCGAAUUAUGGCAAGUCUAUAAAAUACUUCCGUACCCUUGGGCUCUUUAUGAAAUGUGUUGACCUGUUAUUAUCGGAAGAUAUGAUGAUGCAGACUUACUACUCCAACAACGCCGAGAUAAGAGAACGCUAGGAUGUCUAGAUUGAUAAAAUGUGACUAGAAAGCCUCACAGCACUGGCAGUGCUAGGGUGUGCACACAUGGACAAAAGAGAUACUUGAUAGAUAAUGAUCAACCACUGACAAGACCCGGUGUCCCUGCAGGUGUCCCGUGUGGGCAGCAAUGCGCUUUGUUGGUAUCUCUAGCUACCUACCCCGCUCUUGUUCAAGAAGCUACAUCGUCGUAACGCUGAGAUGAGCUUGAGACGGAGUACGGUCUCUCUAUUUAUGCUAACUGAGGCGAGCUAUAUCUCAAGAAUCCCGGACACUCGUUAGAACAAGAGACAACUAUGGGCAAUAAGAAGGUUCUUGUGUGCUACGGCGUUGAUAUUGAUGCAGUCGCUGGCUGGCUAGGCUCCUAUGGGGGCGAAGACAGCACUAGCGAUAUCAGUCGAGGUCUCUGGGCUGGUACAGUCGGUACGCGACGUUUACUCCAGCUCUUUCAGAAAUACAAGAUCAAGGCAUCUUGGUUCAUCCCUGGGCAUUCCUUGGAAACCUUCCCAGAGGAGUGUGCCAUGGUACGUGACGCUGGUCACGAGAUUGGUCUGCAUGGAUAUAGUCAUGAGAACCCAGUAGACAUGACGCUUGAGCAACAACGGGAUGUUCUUCACAAGACGUGGAAGCUUUUGACCGACUUUUGCGGUAAACCACCACGGGGUAGUGUUACGCCGUGGUGGGAAACAAGCAAGGAGGGCAUUGAGUUACUUCUAAGCUACGGUAUUGAAUACGAUCAUUCCAUGUCCCACCAUGAUUGCCAGGCAUAUUGGCUGAGGACCGGAGACUCCUGGACAAAGAUAGACUACAGCCAAAAAGCGGAAACAUGGAUGAAGCCUCUCAUUAAGGGCAAGGAAACUGGGCUUGUAGAGAUCCCAGGUUCUUGGUACAUCGACGACCUACCCCCGAUGAUGUUCAUGAAAAACUCGGCGAACUCUCAUGGCUGGGUUAAUCCACGUGAUGUGGAAGACAUAUGGAGGGACCAUUUCGACUACUUUUACAGGGAAUACGAUGAGUUUAUCUUUCCCAUGACUAUACACCCGGAUGUAUCUGGGCGGCCACACGUGCUUCUAAUGCACGAACGCAUUAUUGAACAUAUCAACAAGCACGAAGGGGUUGAGUGGGUGACGAUGGGUGAGAUGUGCGAUUGGUUCAAGAGCAAGAGUUCACCGUCUCCGGACGCAGUGAUGCCGACCAGCGUGGAGGAAGUCCUGAGGAGAUACCAGGCCACAGCCUAGACUGUCAUUGAUGGCAUGUGAUGAUUCAAUGUACUUCUCUUCGGAAUAUCUAAGAUCCCUGUAGCAGAUGAAUGAGAGAAGACGUGCUAUGCCAAGUGACGUGUGCAGAGCAACUAACUGAUGAUGCAUUUAUCAUACGAUUUUCUCAGCUCACAUCUCACAACUUUCAGAGUUGAGUACUAUAAGCAGUGUUAUAGGCUUCACCAAACAUGGGUCAUCGAACUAUGGCAUCAAUUAAAAUCCAAGCUAGACUUUAGUGACACGA